AUGUCUGAUGAAUACAAAAUAAUCGCAACGGAAACUAUAUGUGAAAAAUAUGGUCAAAUUAUCGAAGUUCAAUAUGAAUAUGAUGAAAAUAAUCGUGGCGAAAAUAAAAAAUAUCAUAUCAAGUGGUCUCGACAAGAAUAUGAGCGGACUGCAUCAAGAUUAUACAAACCAUCAAUGGCUUAUGACAAGUUCAUAAAAGUAUUACGCACGUUUAUGAUGGGAAAAUAUGCAAUUGAAGAUGUUCCGGAAGCAUUUCGUCUUCUUGACACCGACCGUUCUAACACAAUCGAUAUCACUAAAUUACACGAAUUUAUAUGUGUCAUCUUGCCAAAAGCAAAUCCAUACUUACUUCUUCAUCAAAUACAACAGGCUGAUAGAGAUGGCGAUUAUAAGCUGAAUUUCGAUGAAUUCAAAUCGUUUAUCGCACAAGGCUUUGGUCGAGCUAUAUUACUUGGACUUUUAUAA